UGAAGGGGAGCAGCACGCGGGGGAAUGAAAUUAGUGCGCUUACUUUUCUGGGGGCGACGUGGUCACGAGGGGGGCGAACGAGGAAGAUAAGCAGACAAGCGCCUUAGUGGUUGUAAAAUAAUAAGGAACAAGAGAAAGCGCUGCGCUUUCUCUCCUCCCUCCGUCUUUUUUCGGAGGAGCUAGCGCCGUAAGGAGCAGGGAGGCGAAGAAUGCUGGACUGGUUUUUCCCCUCCACCGGCAGGGGCGGAAGUCGCAGCUGAAGCCGGCCAAACUCCGUGCCUGUAUAAUCAUAGCGCCCAGGCUUCCAGCCCCAGCCCAGCUUUAGAUUUGUUUGCGAUCGGGUUUCCUCCCGAGUGGGAGAGCAACCAGUUCGAGCUACAGGAAAAGGGGGUCGCCGUGCGUGCCUUGUCUCUUAAAAAAGCGCCUCCACCCCGCCCCCCGGGCCGUACACAUCCUUGCUUUUUUGAAGAGCUGGUCAAACUCCCACCCCGGUCCCCGGCUGCCCUCUGGUACCGAGUGCUGCUCGGGGAAGGGAUGGUUUGUCCUGCUCAGUCUGCCCCCGCAACGCCCGUGUCUUCCUCCUGAGCAAGCAGCAUGAGCAUGGCAAAUGAAACAUACCUCUUCAUAAAAGACAUAAAGCCCGGACUGAAAAAUGUAAAUGUCGUCUUUAUUGUGCUGGAGAUCGGGCGUGUUACCAAAACCAAAGAUGGACAUGAGGUCAGGGCGUGCAAAGUAGCUGACAAGACAGGAAGCAUCACCAUCUCCGUGUGGGAUGAGCUUGGCAGCCUCAUCCAGCCAGGUGAUAUUAUUCGGUUGACCAAAGGGUAUGCAUCUCUGUGGAAAGGAUGCCUGACGCUUUAUACUGGAAAAGGAGGUGACCUGCAAAAAAUUGGGGAGUUCUGCAUGGUGUAUUCAGAAGUGCCCAACUUCAGUGAACCCAAUUCAGAUCACCCUGGGCAGUCGAAUAAAGUGGCACAGGGUGAGCAGACUAAUAAUUCCAUUCCAUCAGCUAAUUCGGGUACUUGUACUUUUGGGCCAACUGGAAAUGGUUUGCCAGCUGGACCAGAGCUGAGUGGAUUGUCAACGGCUUACAAUCAUGCCCCCACUUAUGCAGGUUCUGGGAGGGUUGGCGGACGGGGGCCUGCUCCUCCUCUAGCACCUGUGCCGUCUAAUAAUGUUCGUCCCCUACAAAGCACAAUAAGUAAUGGGAGGGACCCCCGCAGAGCCUCCAAGAGAUGACCAAACCAAACGCCUCCCUGUCCACAGAACCUCUUAAGCCUACUUGAACACUUGCUGCACUUUUAUUUAUGGUUUACUGUGAAAACAUUUUGUUCGUUCUUUCUGAUUCUCAGCCUUCUCUGAUGGGAAAGACUUUCUCGCUCUUCUGCCCCCCUUGGUUCAAAAAUUCAGUGAAGCUGCUGAUCAUGCAUUACCCCAGAAAGAAAAUGUGUGAAAAUAUGGAGGCAUAUUUGGAAAUAGAUUUCCUUGUUAAAGAUUAGUUGCUGUUUUCCAAAAGAAAACCUGGUUUUGGAUGGAUGAGUAUUCUUAUUUUGGUUUAGUUUGCAUGAUGCAGCCUUAAGAUGUUAGUUUAUUUCCUUUCUGCUCCUGGGACUGACCCACAUCCCAGCUGGUGGGAGCUUAUGAUGGUUGGGGGGUGGGGAUGGGUAGGGAGAAGUUUCAUCUAGCAAGCCAGUUCUCAAUUAAAAACUUCUAACAAUAAGUGCAGAUGAACUGUCCAAACUGGUUGACUUGUUAUUUGGUUGGGGUGCUCUCACAGCAAGGGUCAGAUGUCUCUUUCAAAAAAUGUAUGCUGAUAAGAAUCCAACUGAUAUAAAAUAGAAAUUCAAGAUAUUUACCAGAUAUCCUGCCUUUCAGUUCACAAAAUGCUGCAGUUUUUUUUUUUUUUUAAUUACCCUUCUCAGGGAUUGAAGCUUUUCAUUCUUGAAGUAAAGUAUGUUGUUCUUCAGAGCUUUUCUCGGUGACCAAAGCCCCUACUGGUGUGGAGUCACCUGGAAAACCUUUACCGGUUGAUUCUGCAGAUGGCUGCUUUACAAGCAACACUGAUUUCAAGUGGCAGGUAAUGGUUUCAAGAUGGUUGAUGUGCAGGGAAGAGAAGAAGGAUUUCCUGUACACAGCCAACAAACAUCCUAGACGUAGAGAUUUUCCAUUUGCACUGUUUUUUUUUUUUUUCCCCUUGGAGCAUGAGAAUAUUGAAUCUCAGAUCUGCAGAUCACGCAGCAGCGUUCUCAAGGGGUGAAUGAUUGAAGCGGUGUGGUUUAAUCACGUUUGUGUGUGUGUUGUGACGGAUGCAGCCUAUAUGAAAGGGAGGGGGCUGGUGUUGCGGGGCCAUGAGGCUGCUUCCAUCCUUGCCACAAAAGGGGGUCCUUCAGACACCUCUGAAGCCAUCAGCCUCCUAAGGAGCAUCAGCCUACCCAGACGGCUGAAGUGAAGAGCUACAAACAAAAGGUGGAUGUGAUCACUGAGAGCAUUCCCUUUUCGUGAGAAUCCUCAGUUCUUAAGUGCCUGUUACACCAAUACAGUUAUGCUCUUGCAGCACUUACCUUGGUGGUGGGUUAGGUUGGGGUUUUUUUUGGAAAAAGAACCUUGGCCCUGACCAAUUUGGGUUGUUUUCAGGCUGCUGAGUUUGAGAAAGCAGAAUAAUGCUGGCAUUAAUCCUAACCUUUAUGGUUAAAAAAAAUCUACUUUGUACCAAUUUUUUUGGUAACUCUAAAACUAUCCAGUCUUCUUUAAGAUUAUGAUUGGAAUAAAUUGAAAUGCUGUAAGAUGGCUGGAUUCCCCCCCCCCUUUUUUUGGUUACCUUUUGGAAGAAGACCUCAUAAUAGAUUUGCACUAACUGUGUUAUAUUAAGAAGAAAAAACAUUUUUUUCUUGGUUUAAAAAAAAAAAAAACUCAGUUCAAAGCCGUGACUUCUGUCUGUCCAGAUUUACAUGGACGUAAAUAUAAUUCCCAAGUGUAGAGGAUGAGGAUAUGUGCUAAUCUUUGUAACAAACCUCGGAAGAGUUUUGAAGCACCUCCCACUGUCCUUUUUCUAAAAUGGUAUGUCUUGUUAAAUGACAUUUGUAGUUGCUUACUGAAAGCUUUAGUAGUAUAUGAACUGAUUGGAAGGAAACAUGAUAGAUCUGUUUUGAAAUGCCCCAGCAUAAAUACUGAUUUUAUGUAAUUUCGGCAUUGCAUCUUGAAGUAGGAGGGAAUUCCCAUGAUGCAAUGCAGUGUCUUAAGAAUCUGAUAUGCUUUCUGAAUAAAAUCUAGUAGCUGUGGAUCGUCAGUCUCUUCACACCUUGUACAGUUAUGUCUAAAUAUUUUGGUAAGUCAAGGUAUUGUGGGAAACAGUUCUUCCAACGGCUGUAGAAUAGAGGAGAUGGGAUGUGGCUGCUGUUCAUAAGUUUAGGUAUAGUUGAGAAGUGGCUUCCUGCUGAUAUAUAACUUUUGGUGUUCUCCCUUUAAAAACCAAGCACGGGCUGUCAAAAGAAACAGGGCUUUUGUAUUCUGUGUGAUGACGUGCACGAAUGCUAGGUACCGUUCUAUAAAUAAUAUUGGGAAUUACAUUGGAACAUUCUGCUAAAACAUAAGAUCCUUAACAAAGGUUUAUUAAAUUAACCACAAUUGCAUGGGUUUGUGCAAGGCCAAAUAAACCAAAUGAUAGUUUGGAAUAGCAUGAAUCCAGUCACAAUCUGGGCUUUGAGAUGGCGAUCAGGGGCGAGGGGUCUGCAGUGUCACUAGGUAGUGGCCACUGGCCUCCAAAUUCAAAAGAGAUUCAGCGCAUCUUUAAUUUUUUAAAGCAGGAAUUAGCCAAAACUUUAAAGAUCUUUUGGUUUGCGGGAUUUGAGAUUUUGGCUAUUUUUAUUGUUUAUCUGUUGCUCAUAUGAGUUUGUAUGAAGUCACAGGAUGGUUCCUGUCACCGGAAAGCUUCCUGCCCCUCCUUUAACGUAGCUGGGCCCUUCAUUUGAGUCAUCUUAGUGUUUGUGUCUUCCCAUCAUGAGAACAUACUGAAACAUAAUUUGCUACUCUUGCAGCAAGCUCUUUGUGUGAUGGGUUAACAGCAAGCACGAACAAGUAUCUGAAGAUUCUUGUGGCUCUCCAGCCUGCCUGACCUUUUACAGAAGUGAUGCACUUGGUGUGCUUGGCGAUAAGAGGAACUUGCCUUUCUUCAAGGGCAUUUCAAAACAGCCAGAUGGGUUCUGUGAACAGUGAUGUCGCACAAAGGAAGUGAGAUUUUUAAGAAAUUCCUAUUGUGUUGCCAUAGGAAUUAACCUUGAUUAUGAUCUGGCUAUCUAACAUUUAUGGACUGCUGUUCAUUGCCUGAUACUCUUCAUGCCAGUCAUGAUUACCUUAAUCAAAAAACCAGUCAUCUGUAAACCAUGAUACGUUACCAGCUUCUUAAAGAUUAAAGGAAAGGGGUUAGUUAUAAACGAGGUGCUUGAGUUCACUGGGACACACUAAGUUCUGUUUGCUUGGCGUAGAAAACUGAAAGGAUCAUCUCAACCAUAAUUGGCUAUUUUAAAAGAUGUUUUAAUAAAGAGUCAAGUCAUGCUUUCAGAGAAGAGUAUCUUGGAAAUAAGCUCAGAAUGUGUGUUGCAUCAGUAACGUUUUUUACUUAACAUGACGUCUUGCCCCUUGAUUGAUAGCUUUUUAUUUCAAGGAAAAUCUCUGUUGAGGCAAUAGAACAAAUCAAACAGGACAGGGGGAUGUUCUGCUUGGUCACUCUCCUGGUGGAUUCGUCUUGGUAUGUCCUGUUCCCUUUGAAGAAGGUCCUAAGAAUUGUUUUGGAGGGAUA